AUGCAGCGUCAUGAGAGACGAGAGACGAGAGACCUGCUGCUCAUUUGCCUCUUUGCCUAUUCACAGGGCGUGUUCGAGAGCACCUUCACGGCGUGGCCGCUUUCCAGCCUCUUCCAACUGGACGGGGACAUUCGCGAGUGGUGGUUCCGCUGGAGACUGGACCGGUUUGCCGUGCUACAGGGGAUGGUGUUUGCCUUCCUCUAUCUGCUCCUUCAGAAGAAGCAGGUGCUGUCGGAGACCAGAGGAGAAGCUCUGUUCUCGGCUAAAGUCUCCCUGCCCCUGCUGCUCCUGUCUGGCCUCUCUUUCGUCACGUACUCAGUGUGGGCCAGUAACUGCCAAACCAAAGCCCAGUGCAACCAGAUGCACCCCUACAUCUCUGUGCUCCCGAUUCUGGCCUUCAUCCUCAUCAGGAACAUUCCCGGCUUCGCCCGCUCCGUCUACAGCUCCUUUUUUGCCUGGUUUGGGAAAAUCUCUUUGGAGCUGUUCAUCUGUCAGUACCACAUCUGGCUGGCAGCAGACACCAAGGGCAUCUUAGUGCUCAUCCCUGGAAACCCGUCCCUCAACAUCCUGGUCAGUAGCUUCAUCUUUGUGUGUGUGGCUCAUGAGAUCUCCCUCAUCACCAACCUCCUGGCCCAGCUGCUCAUUCCUAAAGACACUGUGGCUCUGCUGAAGAGGCUGGGGGCCGUGGGGCUCCUCUCUCUGCUGCUGGGGGCGCUGGUCUUCAUGCAGGACGAUAAACAAUUACCUUAA